AUGUCUGUAACGUUCACAGUCUUCAAAGGGUCUCCUUCCAAGAAGAUCACUGAGAGCCAGACCACGGUCCCGGCCUUGCUCAGUGACCAGGUUUUAAUUAAAAAUACACAUUCUGGAGUGUGUGGCACCGAUGCACACUAUCUUCACGCAGACAUGGUCUUGGGCCAUGAAGGAGUUGGAAUUGUUCAAGCCGUGGGCGACGGAGUUAGCCUUGUGAAAGUCGGCGACCGAGUUGGAUUCGGAUACGUCAAAGAUGGAUGCAAAAAGUGCCAGUACUGCUUGGAAGGCUACAACUGGCACUGUGUUGAGGGCAUCCGCGGAUUCGGUUUCUCCAAUUUUGAUCAGGGAUCCUUCGCAACUCAUAGCGUGUGGCCAGAGACACGUCUGGCAAUAAUUCCUGAUGAGAUCCCUAGCGUCAACGCAGGUCCAUUCAUGUGCGCCGGGCAGACCGUCUUCGUCCCAUUCUUGCGACAAGGCAUAAAACCCUCAGACUGUGUUGGCAUUGUCGGCAUUGGUGGCUUGGGCCAUCUUGCCAUUCAAUUUGCAGCAGCAUGGGGCUGUACGGUUGUUGUCUUCUCCAGUUCAGACAACAAAAAACAAGAGGCCCUCGACUUUGGAGCCACUGAAUUCUACAACACUUCGGGAUUGAAGGCUGCAGAUGUUCCCAAAAAGAUUAACCAUCUGCUGGUUACCACCAGUGCUGUUCCGGACUGGAAACUGUACACGGAGCUGAUGGCACCAUUUGGUCACAUAUACCCACUGACAAUUUCGGAAGGCAACCUCGAGUUUCCUUACAUGCCAAUGAUAGGAAAAGAGCUAUCAAUCCACGGUAGUUGCUCUUCCACUCCCGAGGAGGUUAAGACAAUGCUCCAAUUUGUAGUCAAGCACAACAUCAAACCUACCAUUGAGCGAUUCCCCAUGACAUCAGAGGGUAUCACAAAUGCAUUUGAGAGGCUGAACAGUGGAAAGCUACGUUAUAGAGGUGUGCUUGAGGUCUGA